UCCAAAAUGGCGGUCGUCACUGUUCAUAAAGUCACUUURCAUUAAGAUUUGUCAUUCUUGCAAGUAUAAAACCUCAUCAUGAGUUGGUUCAGAAAUCUUUUAAAUGUUCUUCGGCCUGGGCGUAGAAUAGUAGGCACAGAUCUAGAUGGGAAUACUUACAUUGAAGUGAUUUCCAAAAGAGGUGGCAGAUCGACUGUCAGACGCGAGGUCAUAACAAACCUAAAACAUGAACAGUACGAAGAUGGAUCGAUACCAGUAGAGUGGGAAGCCUGGAUAAGAGGUAAAAGAGAGGACCCUCCGACACAUGACGAAUUAAUACAAAAGAUGCAACAAAGAGAAAUUAUAAAACAAAGAGCUAAAAAUUUGGAACAAGAAGAAAGAAAAAAAAUGGAGGAACAGCAAGAGAAAGAGAGGACAUCUACAUCUCCCGUAGGACAUGCUUCUUCUCACGUUUACGAGAAGUCAGAGUUAAGAAGUGAGCCAACAAGAGUGGGGGACUCAUUUCACCCUGGUGCAUGGACACCUUCCCAAGGUGGAAGUGGUCAGGCUGAGAAAAUUCCAAAAACUGAUAAGAAUGAUUUUGAACCAGAAGGGUGGGUUCCACCCAAACGUGAUAAAUAAACUUGAAUUAAUAUUGACUUGUUGGAAGGAAGUAGCUUAAAUUAUCUUCAGUAGUUAUGUUAGCACUAAAAGAGGAUAAUCCUCUUUUAGUGCUAACAUAACUACUGAAGAUAAUUUAAGCUACUUUGUGAUAAUUUGUGUACUCUUCAUAUAAUCAAGCUUGAUCGAUUACAAUGCCAGGAAUAAUUGAUUAAAGUUUUCAUAAUAUAUCAAGUUUUCAGCUUUUGACAGAAAUUUGCAUAAUUUUGCAUUUAAUAUACUAUUCAUAUGUGGAGCAGAUUCGUACCCAGUCUUCUCUAUCUCUUUAGACUAAGUGCAAUGAAUCAAGGGAAGGGUGAAGGAAAGGUGUCUCAACAAGUGUAGCAAAAAAGAGUAACGACUGGUUAUGAGUCUGUGUUUGAAGUGGGUUAGUAGAUGCUUUGAAAUAGUGUGAAUUUUGACCUACUAUAUCUGUCUCAAAAAGUUUAAAAAUCUAUCUAGUUUAGAUGAUAAUAUAUCAUGUAUUAAUGAUUGCUGUAUAUUUUCUUUGAUAUGAAGUCAUUCUUCCCUCCUAUGGUGAACAUA